AUGGAGAACAUGGGUGCUUUACCUGCAUGUGAUGUCAGAAAGUUUACGAAAGUACUGGUAAAUACUCUAGUCGAAAGGUGGCAUCCAAACACACAUACCUUUCACCUUCCUGCUGGUGAAUGUGCUGUGACACUAGAAGAUGUUGUUGUUAUUCUUGGUCUUCCAACAGACGAUUUUCCAGUUAUAGGGAUGACUAUGAAUAGUUUUAAAGCCUUAGAGGCGGAGUGUUUGCAGCAAUUUGGGGUUGCACCGAGAAAGUCGGACUGUAGAGCAAGCUGCAUAAAACUGACAUGGUUUCGAGAUCUAAAAGAACGAUUACAGUUGGUUGACGAAACCAGCAUGCAGAGGUACGUGAAGUGCCACAUUAUUUUAUUAUUUGGUACAGUCUUGUUUGGUGACAAGUCUGGGACAUCUAUGCACUGGAAGUUCCUGCCUUUGCUUUGUGAUUUUAGCAGUAUCGAACAGUACAGUUGGGGAUGA